UGUGUGUUCUCUCCCCUUUCUCUUCCAGAGCUGUUGCGCAGCCAUUGGUACCUGUAUUGGGGGAAUAUAGCAUACAAGCAAGGAGCUUACAGCCUCAGUGGCGAAAACUUUUUCAUGUCAGAGACCGAGAAGUCUUGCAGUCGUUUAUGUCAUCCCUUCUUCUCCAGACAGAAGAUACCAAAAAGUUGCAAUCAAAGAUCUCUUCAUCUUAUUGAUAAAGCCACUAAUAAGCCAAAAUGUCUGUCAACGUCAACCGCAGUGUGUCAGACCAGUUCUAUCGCUACAAGAUGCCCCGUCUGAUUGCCAAGGUUGAGGGCAAAGGAAAUGGAAUCAAGACAGUUAUAGUCAACAUGGUUGACGUUGCAAAGGCGCUUAAUCGGCCUCCAACGUAUCCCACCAAAUAUUUUGGUUGUGAGCUGGGAGCACAGACCCAGUUUGAUGUUAAGAAUGACCGUUACAUUGUCAAUGGAUCUCAUGAGGCGAAUAAGCUGCAAGACAUGUUGGAUGGAUUCAUUAAAAAAUUUGUUCUUUGUCCUGAGUGUGAGAAUCCUGAAACAGAGCUGCAUGUCAAUCCAAAGAAGCAAACAAUAGGUAAUUCUUGUAAAGCCUGUGGCUAUCGAGGCAUGCUUGACACACAUCAUAAACUCUGCACAUUCAUUCUCAAAAACCCACCUGAGAAUAGUGACAGUGGUACAGGAAAGAAAGAAAAAGAAAAGAAAAAUAGGAAGGGCAAAGACAAGGAAAAUGGCUCUGUGUCCAGCAGUGAGACACCACCACCACCACCACCACCAAAUGAAAUCAGUCUCCCUCCACAUGCAGUGGAAGAAGAAGAGGAUGAUGACUGGGGGGAGGAUACAACUGAGGAAGCUCAGAGACGCAGAAUGGAUGAAAUCAGUGACCAUGCAAAAGUUCUAACACUCAGUGAUGAUCUGGAAAGAACUGUUGAAGAACGGGUCAAUAUCCUGUUUGAUUUUGUUAAGAAAAAGAAAGAAGAGGGUAUUAUCGACUCAUCGGACAAAGAAAUUGUUGCUGAAGCGGAAAGACUGGAUGUAAAAGCUAUGGGACCUCUUGUUUUGACUGAAGUUCUUUUUAAUGAGAAGAUUAGAGAACAGAUUAAAAAAUACAGGCGCCAUUUCCUACGAUUUUGUCACAACAAUAAAAAAGCUCAACGUUACCUCCUUCAUGGUUUGGAGUGUGUGGUAGCAAUGCAUCAAGCUCAGCUGCUCUCCAAGAUUCCGCAUAUCUUGAAGGAAAUGUAUGACGCAGACCUUUUGGAGGAAGAGGUCAUCAUCAGCUGGUCAGAAAAGGCCUCAAAGAAAUACGUUUCAAAAGAACUUGCCAAAGAGAUUCGUGUCAAAGCAGAACCAUUUAUCAAGUGGUUGAAGGAAGCAGAGGAGGAAUCUUCUGGUGGCGAAGAAGAAGACGAAGAUGAGAAUAUUGAAGUGGUGUACUCGAAGACUGCCAGUGUCCCGAAAGUGGAAGCUGUGAAGUCUGACAACAAGGAUGAUGACAUUGAUAUUGAUGCCAUUUAAAGGGGUGGGUGCAGCCCAGCUUAUCUGUAAUGCUAAGAACCUUUCUGCAUCCUCAGCCAGAAGUGCAACAUGUAUGUGCAAAAGCUAACAUGGCUUAACAUCAUGCUACACUUUCUGCUACAAAUGUAUUGCUGUGAGUGGUCUGUAAUUAAGCCCCAAUGAGACACCUCGGGAGUCCAUACACAUAUCAGUGAACAGAUGUAGUUUGCUUAUUUAUAGCAUGUUUCUUUUUGAAAAAUUAGUGGUGGACACAUUUGGAUCACAUUUAUACAGUUAUAAAAAUAAAGAUUUGAUUUUGGUCAUUCUUAAAUUUUUUGGCUCUGAAUGACUUAAGCUGCUGAAACAAUUGGCUCCUUUUAAAAACACUGUACCAUCAUUUAACCUGAUAGGGAUUCUUGGAGCCUGUUAGAAACUGUUAGGUGCUGAGACUGUAAGCAGGUCUUUAGCAGAGUGUGAGCAUAAACGUAUUUUUAAAUACCUUAUUCAGCCAUUAAGAAACACAGUACUUUUUAAGUCUUAUCUCUAGUCCCUCAAACUGGCAUCUGGUCGUGUACACUCUUACCAUGCCAGGGUGGGCAGUGCAACACCUUCAUCUUACUAAGAGAAAAACGACCUGAGUGUCCUAUACAUUAAUUUUAAGAGCAGGUUUUGAAACUUGAAUUUUUUUUUCCAGUUCAUAUACCCUUGCCCCAAACUGUAGUCUUUGAAGUCAUAUGCAUUACAAGUUGGAUGAGCCAGGGGAAUUAUUAACAAAUGAGCAUUUUAUGUCUAUGUUAGCUGUAGCUUUGUGCUGAGAGAAAGCUCAAGCGUUAGGGUCUGAUUAGAUAGUUCCAUGAUUUUAUUUGGGGGAAGAAGAAAAAGGUGCACUUAAUCUCUAGCAAAAAACAGCAUAAUUUUUGAGCUUUUACGGUUUAAAUUACAAUUUCAAAAUGUUUAGACUUAUACUGUAUGUUUUGUUCAGUGUGGAUUUUCCCUAAUCCUAUGGCUUAUUCUUGAAUGCCUUUUACAUUUGUACAUACAGGUUUUGGUUGCUAUCUUGCCAAAAUUAGUGUUGCUAUGUCUCAAGCUUGAUUUUUUUUUUUCCCCUCUCAAAAAAAUGUCUUAUUUAAAAAGAAAACUAAAAUUGUACCUCUAAGUCAGCCUAUAUUUUGGCAGGAGACUUGGGUGUCUUUUAUUUCACAUUGAAUAUAGUUAGACACUCAUGAAGUCUGGUGAUGGCCACUGAAUACAGGUGAUUAGGGCCUGGCCCAGCCCAUCCAGGUCUUUAGAUUUGGAAAUAACUUGCGAAUUCUUUCCCCAAAAAUAUCUAAUUUCACUUGUUAAGGGUUUUGAGAAAUUAUUGCAGUUAUUUCUUUCCAUAAAAAGUGUUCUAUGGGAAUCAAGAAUCACAGGAUUCGUUUUAUUUGGAGCAUGGGCUUUCUUUAUUCACCUCUGAUUUUCUUUGAUCCAUCUCAGAUUAUAAUGAGACCUUAACAAAUGUAUGUAAAAGUUUUUUCACAUUGAAAUUAUACAAACAUUUGAUAUAAUAAAAUCUUGUUAGCUUGAUAUUUUAAGAAAUUAAAAUCUAGUAAUUUUAUUGGAGAAAGAAUGAAUUAGUCUCCAGCUGCCUUUUGAUAGAUUUUGGUGAGCGUGAAGCAGAAACUGUAUCUGGAGGGAAUGUGCUUUGUCACACCAAAGAGAAGGGUUUUGCAAAUUCACAUCUCACCUAGGUUUCAAAUUCUUUGCCAUUGACUAAUCGCUUUCAUUAUCUGACAUCCUAUAGGAGAUACUGGUGGCAUAGGCCAGGUUGCACUCAUACCCGGUGUCAAGCUAAUGAGGUUCUGUUAUAGAGGCUUUUGUUUUGUUUUGUUUUUCUUUUAAUCUGAAGGAAACGAUGUUUAGGGCUUCUAAACACUAAAUAAAAUUUUGGCAUAGACUGGUGUUGAGUCUGGUGCCAAAAUUCCAAUAGAUUGAAAUCCACAUAAAAAUUUUAUUCACAGAGGCUAUCCUAAUAGAGUGAUCCUUCACUUUGCUCUAUUCAACUGUCUUAAAAUUCCCUGUUUUAAACUGCUACAUUACUUGAUUAAAACAAUGUUAAAAUUAUAUGUGUGUCUGCUUCAAUGUUAAAAUUAAUGUAGAUUUUCAGAAGAUGCUGGAUUAUUGAAAUGUGCCCUGUUUUGUAGCUGCUGCUUUGGAUCUGUGUUGGACUUUGCCUUCUGCAGUUGCCAGUCCUAUUCAAAAACAUGUUGCUUGUUCCCCUGAGUCAGUGGCUUUCCUUAGGUCUUGUGUUCCUGAUCUGCAACUUGAGUUGAUUUUAAACUGAAAGGUUCUCUGCCUUAAUGUGAUUUCAUGAACUCUUUAUGGGCACUUACCAAGGGAAUUCAGAUGUCAAGUAUAUAGAGAUACUACAGGACUGGUUGCAGACCACCCCAAUAAAAGUGAGUUGUAAUCA